AUGCAACCAGGACUCAAAGCAAAGGGCCGUGGGCUCCAGGCGUUUGUUCGUGGCAAGUCUGACGGCAACGCCCACUACAAUGCCUCUGCUGAAAAACCAUCUCAACCGGAACUGGAGAAACGUUCAGCUACGCCAAACGCAAACGAAUACAUACCAAGCCGACAAGAACUCGCCGAGUUCGCCCGUCUUCCCCUGCCUGGUGCCUUCCGCAAGUCCAGCCCCCAGCCAAGUGGCCAACUUGGAAACGGACAAAAUGCCCCAUCGCCGGUGAGACGGGGAUUUGGAUCACCAGCCAGACCACCAGUGAGUCGUGUUCAGUCAACGCACGCCCAGCAUGAUAUCUUCAAUGGGUCACAGCUUGGGGAAAACUUUAUGAACUCUGGGCUGUCGACUCCCGUCAACGAGUCGGAGGACUUGAUCAUCAGACCAACUCACGGCAUCAAGGCGGAGGAGCCACGCGCAGAUGGAAAUCAGAUCCAGAGCUUGCCUCCUCGACAUUCUCAGCCUACCGCGGGAAGGAAUGAUGAAUUUUCCGUAGCACGAGAUGGCCGCCUAUCUGUCGUUCCCGGGGUUCCCCGCUAUCAUCCGUCCGAAAUGAAAGAUGGAUUCCAGAACAAUAAUGCUCAGCAACUAAAACCCUUCAGGUCGCAGAAUGCACCCUAUACUUUUCCAGCCCAGUCGCUUCAUGGCCCAGCAAAGUUGCCGAUGCGCGGAGUUCGCAUCAAUCGUGCACUACCCCCCGCAACUAAUGCUCUGACCAUUGAGCAAGACGAGGUUAAGAGCAGGUUCAUUGAGCGCGGGGCAGGAAACUGGGAGGAGCGAAUAGUCGAAGAAAAGAUCAAUGAGUCUAUCCUUGUUAACGAUUCGGACGAUGACUUUGAGGCUCACGGACCAUAUGGAGGCAUGAAAGUAGCUUCCAAAGUAAAGUUGCAAAAUGGCUUUCACCCACGGGUGACCCGAGAAGAUAGGUUAUCAACAAAGCCUUCCCGCAACAUACCUGCCAAGGAGAAAAAGCGGAGGCGUCCAAGUUUAGACUACGACGACAAAAUUCUCAGUUCCAUGACAUAUCAAGAUCUUCAAGAAGAGCCUUUUGACGUUGUACCGCAAGCACUUGGCAUGAACGGUGGUCACGAUGCGUCUGCUUCGAAGCUGACAACAAGACUGGAGCAAUUCCAGCAGCAAGGAGAACGCGAGCAACAUCAAUUUUUCUCCAACAUGUCAAUUGACGACUGGGAGAAUUCUGGCGACUGGUUUGCGGAUCAAUUUUCAGGCAUCAUGAAUCGUCUACGCAACGCUCGUCGUGAGAAACGCCAAAUGAUCCGGGAGUUCGAAACGGAAGCUUCCCACAGAGAAGAAGCAAUCCGUGUACGAACCGACACCAUUGAUAGGAAAUUAACAAGGAUGAAGCAUGAUGGCCAACGGGUGGUUGGUGACAAGGACUUUUAG